AUUUGUACCCUUGGUGAAUGACCCUGCGGCGCUCAGGUUGAUUAACCCGGAAGUACCCACGCGGCACUCCGUCCGGUCUGCGGGCUCAAGGGGAGAAACGCUGAAGCACCAUGGCUCUGUUCUAAUCGCAUUUAUUAAGAGAAGUGUGAUCAAUUUACCGGCAAUCCGUCACCAUCCGCGCCUUAAAAAUGGACCCCCAGUCAAGAGGCUUGUCCUGGGGGCAUCAACGUUGUCAGUAGUAACAUCUGGAAACUGUAUUUAUUAUUUUUUCCCCCCAUACUGUCACUUUUUCUCGCCUUUGCACGCUAUAUGGGAUUUAAAUCUAAAGUGUCAGCAGCUAGCCAACACGUCUCACUUGAUUAACCCAAAUAUCCCUGUGGAAACCAAGACGCCCUCUGUUAGUAACAAAAAACAAACUUUCAAGAAACACGUUGACGAAGUCUUGCCCUCAAGUUUUCCCAUUUGUCUGCGGCGCCGGGGUGAAUUGCUAACACACUACACAAGGACUCACCCUGAGGGCUUUUCGAUACCCCAGAGAUUCAUAAUACUAAUUUAGAGUUUGGUAGGCAAGUGUGAGGCCCCCUCAUGCAGAACCACAGGAAAUGAAUAAACCACCUCAGCCUAUAACAGGACCCCCUGCCGUUCCCCACCCCGCCCAAUCGCCAGGACUGACACAGGCUGCCUAUCCCCCAGGUCAGCCUCCCUCUGUUGUUUUUCCCGGGCCAUCUCCACAAAUGAACACUGUACCGCAACCCAGACAGUUUGUGCCAGGGCCUCGUGCUUUACACCAACAGGGUGGAUUCAGGUCACUGCAGCCGUACUACCCUAACCGGCCCAACAUGCAAGGCAGUGCCCCUCGGGUCCCACCCAGCAGCACCCCCCGGUCUGUUGCACCCACUCAUGUCUACCAACCUACCUCACAGGUUAUGAUGAUUCCCCAGCAACAGUUGCAAUUCGCCAACACUCAGGGCCAUGCCAUUUUCCUACACGGACAGUACCGCACCCCCUACAUGCAGCCAACGCAGCAGUACUCUGCAGGCUUUUACCCUGGAAGCAGUCCAGCUGAAUACGGUACAUAUGAUCCCUCUCUGGCAGGGAGGGAGAGGCAGGGGGGUGGGGGAAGAGGUGCAGGUAGAGAGAACGGACGUCUCUCGCUGCACGGAGCUCCUCUCACCUCCCAGCGCUAUCCUGCGGCUGCCUAUUAUCCUGCAACACAGCAGUACCCAACCUCAGUGUCCGCCACGUCUGUCAUGAUGCCCGCUCAACAGCAACCAGCUCCACCUCCACAGCAAGCUCCACCUCUGCAGUCAGGACCAGUCAAACCGAGAGAGCGCAAACAGAUCAGAAUACGUGACCCCAACCAGGGUGGACGUGACAUCACAGAAGAGAUCAUGUCUGGUGGGAGAGCGACCUCCACACCCACUCCUCCACAGACUGCUGGUCCAGAGGUGGGAGGUCCUGUCCAGACCAAUGGUGAAAGUGUUCCACCUGUUGCUGCUGUGAUCAGAGCUGAUGAUCAAGUGAAGUCCAUGUCUCCUCCUCCAGCUGUGUCCACCCCUCCUCCAUCAAAGACAUCAGAGCAAGCCCCAGUUGCAUCUUCAGCAGCUGAUUCUAAACCUGUGCCAGAGAUCAGACCUGCUUCACCUGUGAGCAAGAUUCCCAUUCCUCCAGAAGAAGACCCAGCGAUAUCCCCAGCGCUCACACCUUCUCCUCCUCCAGCAAGCAAUCCCCAACUUUCAAAGCCUCAAACUGGUGACAGUGUGGAUGCUCCAGUACUCCCUGAUGCCCCAGUUCAAAAGAAGGAGCCUGAGGAUGCCCCUCAAGUGGAGCCAACUUCUACUGGGGUUGAGAAAGAGGAGUCAGAGGUAGCCAAAGAGAAAGAGCCUGAACCUGUGGCCGAAACGGAGGCUGCAUCUGAUGUAUCUAGCCCGAUUGCUAUCAUCUCCACCCCUGUGGAGCCUCCUCCUGCUGUAGUUAAUGAUGGUGACAUUGCUUCUGAGGACACCGCCCCUCUAUCCACGGAGACACCCAUUCUGGAGCCAGUCGUUGAUGAGCCAAAGGAACAGCCUUUGCUUAACGGUUUGCCUGAGGACUCUGCAGAGGCUCCAGUAGUGAAGCCAGAGAGCUCCACUAAUCCAGUUGCUGAACAAGUGGUUCCUCAAGUCCAACAGAGCUGCCUUAUGGCUGCAGAAGCACCUGUAGAGGAAGCAGAGAAGGAGAAAGCAGAGGAGACGCCUGCCCCUGUAACAGUCUGCCCUGUUGAGGAAAUGACUAUGCAAGCUGCCGUGACAACAGUGCCAAAGAAGAAAAAGAAGAUCAAGGAUCUGAAUAAGAAAGAUGUCGGAGAUGUCCUAGAUGCCUUCAAAGAGCCUGAGGAGGAAAAGCCUGCUCCUGAGCCAGAGGUUGCUCAGAAAGAGCCUUCCCCUGCUCCAACCCCUGCCCCACCAGCUGAAGAGUUGGACGAAACAUGGGAGGACAAAGAGGACAAGCUUGAUCCAGAAAAUAUUGAGCCUGAGGCGUCUAAACCUGUGGAACAGAAGUAUCAAUAUAAAGAAGAGCAAUGGAAGCCCAUCAACCCAGAGGAGAAGAAACAAUAUGAUCGAGAAUUCCUGCUUGGCUUCCAGUUCAUUGGUGCAAGCAUGCACAAGCCAGAGGGUUUGCCGCAAUGUUUGCUUUUCCAGCUUAAAGUCCCCACUUCAGACAAACCGGGAGUCACUGUGAAUUUCCGUAAACUACUACUCAAUCGUUGUCAGAAGGAGUUUGAAAAGGACCAGGAUGAUGACGAGAUCUUUGAGCAGAAACAGAAAGAGCUGGAUGCUGCUGCUGAGGAAGAGGAGCGUCAGCGCCUGAAGGAGGAGCUGGAGGAAGCCAAGGACAAGGCACGUAGACGGUCGCUUGGAAACAUCAAGUUCAUCGGAGAGCUGUUCAAGCUGAAAAUGCUGACAGAACCCAUCAUGCAUGACUGCAUUGUCAAGCUCUUGAAGAACCAUGAUGAGGAGAGCUUAGAGUGCCUCUGCCGGCUGUUCUCCACUAUCGGAAAAGAUCUAGACUUUGAGAAAGCUAAGCCUCGAAUGGAUCAGUACUUCCACCAAAUGGAGAAGAUAAUUAAAGAUAGGAAGAUGUCUUCUAGAAUCCGCUUCAUGCUUCAGGAUGUUUUAGACCUCCGAAAGAACAACUGGGUGCCCAGAAGAGGAGAUCAGGGUCCCAAAACCAUUGAUCAGAUCCAUAAAGAGGCAGAACUGGAAGAACAUAGAGAGCAUAUCAAAGUACAGCAACAGCUGCUGUCUAAGAAAGACUCCAGUCAGGGUCGAGGGGGCCGUGGUGGGCCUCACUCCUCUGGGGGCCGUGGUAGCCAGACCCAAGAUGAGGGCUGGAACAUAGUGCCUAUUACCACUAAGAACAGACCGAUUGACACCAGCCGCCUCAGUAAAAUUACUAAGCCUGGUGAUUUCAACAACCAGCUGCUGGCCCCGGGAGGAAAGGGCUCAUGGGGUAGCUGGGGCAAAGGGAGCAGUGGAGGCACAGGAGCCAAGUCCACUGGAGAUCAAGACCAGGGGAGACCGGCCACUAGCACGCUCAACCGCUUCUCUGCAUUGCAGCAGUCUGGACCCCCUUCAUCAUCAUCCUCCUCCUCACUUGACUCUGAUCGUAGAGUGCCUCAAAGGAACAGCUCCAGUAGAGACCGUAGCGAUAGAGAUCGCGGUGACCGAGACCGGGAUCGCUUUGACCGAUUCGAUAGUAGGCGGGAAGACAGGGACCGAGGCCUCGACAGACCCCGUCAGGCCAUCACCAAACGCAGCUUCAGCCGUGAAAAUGAGGAGCGCAGAGGUGGCGACAGCCGUGGGCCACUGGAUUCUGUACGCCGUGUGGCCAGCAUGACGGAGAACCGUGAUCGAGGCAGUCGAGAGCGUGAUAGAAGCAAGGAGACAGUGAAGCCAAUGUCGGCUCCUGCUCCACCACCACCUGUUCAAGCCAAACCCGCCCUGAGCAAGGAAGAGCUGGACAAGAAAUCCAAAUCAAUCAUUGAAGAGUAUCUCCACAUCAACGACAUGAAGGAGGCGUUGCAGUGUGUGCAGGAGCUGAACAGCGCCUCUCUGCUCUUUGUGUUUGUACGGAACGGUGUAGAGUCCACACUAGAGCGCAGCACCAUCGCUAGAGAGCAUGUGGGCCUGCUGUUUCAGAUGCUUGUUAGUGCUAGAAUAUUACCUCCUGAGCAGUACUACAAGGGACUGCAGGAGAUUCUGGAUAUAGCAGAUGACAUGAGCAUUGACAUUCCUCAUAUUUGGCUCUACUUGGCUGAGAUCAUCACACCCAUGUUGCAAGAGGGAGGCAUCCCCAUGGGCCAGCUCUUCAGGGAAGUGUCCAAACCUCUUCUCCCUAUGGGCAAAGCAGCAAACUUGCUUGUUGAAAUAUUUAACCUUCUCUGCAAAGGACUGAGCCACAAAAAAGCUGGAGUUAUGUGGUUGGAGGCAGGACUCAGCUGGAAAGACUUUCUGCCUGAAGAUGAGGAUGUCAAUAAGUUUGUUACAGAGCAGAAAAUGGAGUUCACUCUGGGUGAGGAGUCUGAGAAACCCAGUAAGAAGGAGCUGACUGCUGAGGAGCUGAGUAAACAUUUGGACAGGUUGUUACAGGAAAAAGCCAACAACCAGAGGAUCUAUGGCUGGGUAGAGGCCAACCUAGAUGAGCAGAAGAUGAGCUCCAAUCAGUUUGUGCGGGCCCUGAUGAUGUCUGUGUGUCAGUCUGCCAUUAUAUGUGAGAACCCCUACAAGGUGGAUGUGGAGCAGAUUACCCAAAGGGCCAAGCUGCUGCAGAAGUACCUCUCUGAUGAAACGAAGGAGCUGCAGGCACUCUAUGCUCUCCAGGCUCUCAUGGUGCAGAUGGAGCAACCUGCCAAUUUACUGCGCAUGUUUUUCGACGCGUUGUACGAUGAGGACGUGAUUAAAGAGGAAGCCUUCUACAAAUGGGAGUCCAGCAAAGACCCGGCGGAGCAGCUGGGGAAGGGUGUGGCCCUGAAGUCUGUCACUGCCUUCUUCACCUGGUUACGGGAGGCCGAGUCCGAAUCGGACAACAGCUAAUCCUGAACUUUGCUAGCCCAGGUAGCACUGGAAAGAAUCCGCUGCCAGGGACUAAUGAGAGGAGGAUGUCUGACAACCAAGUUGAACUUGAUCCUCGUAAAGCCAAUCUUAUCUGUUCGGGGUGGCUCUUGACAGAUAUAAACUACAAUCAUUUCUCAGUCAUUUAUUUUGCUCUCUAUAUCUAUUGUGGUUAAUGUCCACCAAAAAACAAUAAAAAAAAACAAAAACAAAUCUGCAGGACUGCUUAAAACGUGUUACCAAUUCAUCGUCAUUUAUUUUUAACGAGAAAUUCUUGGGGAAAAAAGUACAAACCAACGCUGCUCUUACAUGUUAAUAUAGAUUUAUAUGCAAUGUGGUAUAUGACGGAACAGACAUGCAUAUAUAUUGUGUAGAGGGCGUGAUGGCGAUCAUGUCUUUUAGGUUUGUAAUGUCGGAUCAAACACGGAGCUCUUACCGGUGUUUUCUUUCGUGUGCGUGCGAGAGUCGUUGUUUUUAAAUCCACAGAGACUGAUACACGAGCGUAGUAUUUGAUGAAUUCUCUAAGUGACGAAUGAAAUUUGAGUAGCAUUUGUAUUUCGCUCUUUAUUUGCUUCCUGUAUCCUUUAGAAAAGGGUGAACCUGUUGAACUUCAGGAUGAUGGUCUUGGAUGGACUUUGACCUUUUUUGACCUUAGUGCUGCUGGAUGAGGAGGGGGUCCAACAUGCUUCCUACUAAGCCAUCCUUGUCCUGCUUCCUAGCCCACACUUUUGCGUCUUACCUCUCUUGAAGAACUGAUGGGGGACUUUGUGGAAGCCCCACUUGAGCAAGCCUGCGGUGGAAUUUUAAGAGAAAUCAUUAAAACUUGAAGCAUAUAGAAAAAUCAACUUGAUGAAAUGACAGUAAUGAUCCUAAAGCCUUUUCUACUUGCAAAGUGGAAACACAUUUCAGGAGCAUUCUGUACAUGCAUAUGGAAAUUUUUUUUUGUUUGUUUUAUUUUCAGAAAUUAAAAGUUAAAAAAUUGAUGUAAUGCCAUUUAUUUUUUCCAACAGAAAUGGCAGUUUCCCUGUAUUUAAGAUUUGUUUUCUUCCAGAUGGUAAGAGGUGCUUACAAUGAUCCAUUGAUUUAGUUUUAUUGAAAAAAAGUGUAAAUAUUUUUUUUUUGCGCUCUUUAUUAUUUAAGGAAUGAAAUGCUUUCACAUCAAACUGGAAAACGUUGGAGAUGAAACAUUGCAAAUAAUAAAAGAUUAUCAAGUU